AAAAAUUAAAACCGGGCGUCGAAUUCGUUAUAUCCCCGAUUCAUAUGCUGGUGCUUUAAAUUAUUAGUGAGUCAUUUACUGAAUUCAUUACAGUGCUGCAAAGUGAAAUUCUUGAGGACAUUGCAGAGCAUAAAAUCGACGGAAGAGCAGACGGUUGAUUCACCAAGUCUGUUGGGUUGUCAAACCAGGCGAGUAAAAUGAUAGAAUUUGGAAUGGGUAUGGACAACUCGAUUGGGUAAUAAGACACUUGGGUUGAACCACAUUAAAAGAUUGAAUCCAAUCGAUUAGUUAGUUUAACUCAAGAGCUUAUAUACCGGAUUAUUUUACUCUUGGACUUCCGAUGUGGGAUGCACUCUAACAUAAAAUACAUUUAUUAUACUUUUCAUAAGAGUUUUUAACUGAAAGAUGUCCAUUGAAGAAGGUAAUGGGAAAGGUUUCAGGCUUAUACAUAUCUCACUGUUUAAGCCCUAUAUAUAUCUGCGUCUGUCAAUUGGUGUAAUAUAUUCGAUUAAUUGUCUCUGCAUUUUGAGUGUUUUGUGAGGGUUAAGUGUGUGCUAUGACAAUGACUUCAACAAAAGUAGCUCGCAGCAGUAAGAAAGAGAGUUACGCUCUAAUCCAGAAGCUUUCUUGUGAUGCCGAAAAUUGUAGAAUUCUGGUACGAGUAUCCCAACUUUGGGAAGCGUACAGUCUCAAAAACAAUGAAGAGCUUAUUAGUAUGGACAUGGUUAUGAUUGAUGAUGAGGGUUUUUAUGUCCAUGCCCAUUUCUUUCGCGAAAUCGUUGAAGGCGGGAUAUAUUAUACUUCCUCUGUCAAACAUAGAUCUUCCCAGACACUAUUCACAUGGUCAAACUUUACUCACUUUGUUUGCUCAACUUUACUAGUCAUUUCAUAAAAUAAUAUAGUCUUGUCACCUCUAGUUUUGCAGAACUUUUCAUGUAGUUUAUUACUAUAUAAAUUUUAUUUUAAAAUUUUACUCCUAUAAUCAAUUAAAUUGAAUUGAAAAUAAAGUCGGUCAAGCCUCGUAACUCGUAAUGGGAAGAUCAUACAUGGACGGAGGGAGUAUUAAAAAUUUUGACGUAGUUGAUAACAAAGACAAAUAUCGUGUUGUGGGAGACAAUAAAAUCAUGAUUCAGUUUAAUCCAACCUCAAGUGUAAGACCGGCACCUGGUGGAGGACCUGAAAUUCCGAUGCACCGGUUUGAUUUCCUUGAUUUUGAUAAAGUACCUACGAGGCUUAACCAAACCUAUAUUCUUACAGAUGUUGUGGGGCAAGUAUGCAGUGAGGGGGAAGCCAUGGAUAAGAACAUUAACAAUAGGGUAGUAAGAUGCCUUAUGCUUGAACUACAGGAUUUGAGAGGUGCAAAAACUAGACUUACACUUUGGGGUAAGAGUGUUGAAGAUUAUAUUACCCAAAAAAGGCACUUGAGGGUUAUGUAAUUGUUGGAGUGUUCACAUCAAAUCUGGUGAAAGAAUACAUGAAAAGGCCUACAUUGUCUUCUACCACUGCUUCUAAGGUGUACUUAGACAUUCCCAUUAAUGAAGUUGCUGCUCUAAAAGAAAAAUAUAGUGAAGUUUGCGAUACGCAACCCCUCUUGGUUCAGACGGUCACUGUGUACAGAGAGAUACAGUUCUUGCUGGCUUGAAGAGCAUUGCCGAGAUUUUGGAUAUUGCAUCACAUGACUUUGAAAUUGUAUCGCAUUGAACUCGGCGUUAAUGAUGACACAAAUAUUACAAAGUUUAUUAGUAUUUUUGAUGAGGAAGCUGAGAAGAUUAUCGGCCAAACUGCUACUAGCUUGUACGAAAUGCAGGAAAAACAGGAAGAAGAUUCCGAAGGACAGCUACCUGCACUGAUUGAGAAUCUAAUUGGCCAGAAGUAUGUGUUUCAUGUCAAGCUCACUGAAUACAACAAAACAGCAUAUAAACAGAGCUUUGGAGCUACUAAAGUACACAUGGAAUCCAUACUUGGACCUAUGAAAAAUAAGGAGACACCUAUACAUGCUUCUACGAGUAGCACAAGCAGUUCAAGUGGUAGUGAAUAUCACAUUGCAGAGCCCACUGGGAAAUUUGCAAAUAAGAAAAGGCGUUUAAGUGUGAAGAACAAUGACGCUACUGCCAGCCCUUGAAGCUUGAGGAUGAGGGUUAUCUACCACUGGAAUUGUCACAAAUAUCAUGCAAUAAGGUCUUUCCCAAUAAAGUUUACUUGCCUGACCAGCAGCUGUGUUUCCACAAAAUUAGCCAUUUUCCGAGACAUUUCCUUUUCAAUUCUUUUUCUCAGAGUUCGGCUACCGUAAAUCGGGUUUUGAAACCUUAAACAAAAUUUGGGAAAAAGAACGACAAAGCCAGUUUGGUAAGAAAAAUCAAGAAUGUCUCAAUUUUGCAGUGUUACGUUCUUCCUCCAAAUUCUUCCUUCAAAUCAAAUUUGAGUUCUCUCCUGAAACGCAAAUUGCUGCAUUUGAUUUUUCAACGCAGUGGAAAUCUUCAGAAUCACCACCAAGAUCUUCUUGCACCCAGAAACAAAAACAAUUGCCCAGAUUUCAUAUUCUGUUUCAGUUAGAGUUGGGACUGGUUUAGUAUUAUUGGGUGUUCUCAAUAAAUUCUUGGGUAGGUCUCAAACCCACACGCAUUUGUUUAUUCUUGUUUUUGAAAUCUACACAUAUUUAUUGUGGCUCAAAUUACUGAUUUUUUUAAGCUCUUCAUUUAUAAAUUUUAAUUGUUCAAAGUAUUAAAAAGAGUGGAAAAAAAGGUGUGGGAAUACCGUUUAAAUGUUAAGUGUAUGUAUUUUAGUUAUAGUGUAUUUCCGUUCGAAUCAGAGAAAAUUAAUUCAACCCAGAUCAAUUCCACAACUUCAAAUCAAUUUCAAUCAAAUUGGAACAUAAAAAAUUCAAACCAUAUUUAAAAAAAUUUAGACGAAAAAGACAGAGUCAGUACAAACAUGUAAUCCAAUCAUGUGGCAAGAAGAUGAAGAAAAGAGAAUCUCCUUGGCGAGUUUAUUGGUAAAGCUGGAGCUUUCAACUCCAUUGCUAUUGCAAACUAAGAAAUUGCCUCAAAACACUGAGUUGUCUAGGGACAGAGUGAGUUUGCGUUUUAUGAAAAUCAAAAAUCGAAUUCAAUUGAUUGAAAACAUUUUUCACAGAAUUGAGAAAUCCAAUGAAUUGAAAUCAUUUACCAGGAAAUAAAGGGCUUGAAAGAUCACUGGAAACAGAUUGCAAUCAAGCGAGUGAUUCUGGAUUUCAUAUCGCAAGUUUUGAUUGUUUGAUACUGUCCGGAUCGGAUUGUGAUUUCGAACCCCGGACAAGAAGCUGACUUGCUUGAAUACGAAAACAAAUUGUUCAAGGAGAAAAAACACGAAAAGAAUAAAAUAAUCGGAAUCCGACGUCCGCCAUAGACAAACAGAAAAGAUUAAUCUACACCGAGAACAGACGUCGCCGGGUGGCGGGGGACUAGGGUUUGGUCCGUCGAGUACUUGUAAGGGAGAGGAAGGCGAUAGCAUAAAUAGGGAGUUGAAAU